AUGGCUGGUUUUCUCUUUCACGGACCUGAUGCGACCAAACUUACCAUCCAUCAGACGGAGUCACCGAAAGAUUUGUUGCCACCUGACCAACUGAAGUUUGGGCGGUCUUUUACUGACCACAUUCUUUCUGCCACAUGGAGUGCAACACAAGGUUGGGGCGCCCCGAGUAUAGAGCCCUAUAAGAAUCUCUCUCUCGAUCCAGCCGCAGCGGUUUUCCACUAUGCAUUCUGUUGCUUUGAAGGAAUGAAGGCAUACAAAGAUUCCAAGGGCAACGUGCGCUUGUUUCGACCUGAGAAGAAUAUCCGUCGACUUAAUACAUCAGCGGCCCGCAUCGCAUUGCCCACUUUUGAUGAAGAAGCCGUAUUGAAAUUGCUGGCUGAAUACACCAAGACAGAGAGCCGUUGGAUUCCAGAAGGGCGCGGGUUUGCGCUAUAUCUACGGCCAACGCUGAUUGGCACGGAGCCAGACCUGAGUGUGUCGCGUCCCAUAUCGGCUCUGUUGUACAUCAUUGCUAGUCCAGUAGGUAACUAUUUUGGAAGCAGCGGAAUGAAAGCCAUCUCCUUGGAGGCAUGCUCCUCUCCGGUGCGCGCUUGGCCUGGCGGGGUGGGCGACAAAAAGGUAGGCGGAAAUUAUGCGCCAACAAUCGUGGCUCAGGAAUCGGCGGGACUGCGUGGGUUUCAACAGAUUCUUUGGCUUCUUGGGGAUCCUGAGGUGCCUGAGCAGCAGUAUAUUACUGAAGUGGGUACGAUGAACCUAUUUGUCGCGUGGAUCAACCCUGAGACGAAAGUCAAGGAAUUGGUCACUGCGCCUCUAGAUGGCACCAUUCUACCUGGAAUUACGCGUGAUUCAAUUAUUGAUCUUGCUCAAGAGCGGCUAGUUCCCCAGGGUUGGCAGGUGUCCGAGAGACGCGUGUACAUGACCGAACUCAAAGAGGCUUCCAAGCAAGGUAGAUUGCUAGAGGUGUUCGGAGCAGGCACGGCGCUCAUUGUGAACCCGAUCAAGUCUAUAUCCUGGAAUGGAGAAGUUAUAUACUGUGGCUUGAAAGAUGGAGAGGAAGUUGGAGAGAUCACAAUCACCAUGAAGAACUGGAUCGAAGACAUUCAAUACGGAGAGGUUGAGCAUCCUUGGAGUGUUGUGGUGUAA